AUGAACCAUCGUGUAAUGUUGUCUCCCGACCAGUCAAUGGGGUUCAAGUUUAAAACAAAGCCCAUUGUGCCAUUCACGUGGAUACCGACACCGAACAGCGCAGACCCCACCGCACAGGAGGACUACUUUCGCCGCCUUCUUAUCCUAUUCGGCCCUCCAUGGCGAAACGAGGAGACAUUGGCCUUCACCACGAACAAUUACAAGGCGACGUGGAACCAUUUUGCUGAUCAGGAGAGUACCUCAUCGGAUGAAAACAGGCGGAACGGAAUAGCCGACGUAAAGCGAUUACUGGGACAAUACUACCGCGUUUACAAGUCACGAGAUCCACUGUCAGAGAAGGAGAUUUGCUUAGCGAAUCAGGACAGCAGCUUACUCACGAGAACUACCCAACAAGCCGGAGGAACAAUCAUGUCAACAAUGAAAUCGACACCGGAAAGAGAGGUAGCACAGAAACUGAGCACAUUAAACGCGGCUCAGAGUGAGGUAUUUCACAUGGUAAGGCUGACACAAUUCCAGAACCUACGCAUGUUUAAAGGGGUUAUAAAUAUAGUCACUAUUUUUAGAUGCGGCACAAAUAUUUAAAUCCCGCAACCGAACCGCCCAUCUACGUUUGUGUAACUGGAGAACCAGGCGUUGGGAAGACUUUCUUGAUUCGACGCAUCCUUGAGUUCUUCAACAACAGCAUCCCCGAAUACGAUUCAACGGGAUUGCCCGUUGUCUUGGCGUUGUCGUUCACCGCGCAAGGCGCCAAAGAGAUGGGAGGGGUUACAAUCAACAGCGCCCUCAAUUUGCAAUUUGACUACGGAACAAAAGUGGCAGAGUAUAACCCACUUCAAGCGGUUGUUCAAUGCCGUUUAAAAAACGUGUUUGAGAAAUUGCAGUUCGUGCUGAUAGAUGAAAUAAGCGUGGUGAACGCGGAGUUGCUAAUGGCGAUCAAUCUGAGGCUUAUUGAAAUCACCGGAAACUCCGAUCCGUUUGGGGGAAUGAACAUUGUCGCAUUUGGCGACUUUUGCCAGAAUCCUAUCUUCGCAGGAACGCCCGUUUAUAAAACAAUUCCUCCGAAUGAGCAACGCAGAAUCUUCAAAAAUGUGGUCGAACUUCCUGCGCUGUGGUAAGGCAGAAUUAAAUAUUUUCAUAUUUUUAGUUGCUACUAAGCGAGUUACUAUAAAAACUUGGUUUCAGGGAUUUAUUCACCUUUUAUCCACUCACAAUCAAUGUCCGCCAGUCAGAGGACAAAGUUUUUGCCAAUUUACUUCAUAUUCUCAGAACGAGCGGGACAAUCCCCGUUGGCGAACUGGCCAUCUUGAAAAAAAGGGUAAUCCCGUCAAACGUGGGGCUAACACGAGACUUUGCUGAGCGGUGGAAUCCAUACGACCACUGCCGCAACGGGGUACUGGUGGCUCAAUCCAACGACACAGUACGACGACAUAACGCAGAAAUCCUCAACAGAGUCUAUGCGCUGUCUUUGAAAGGAAAAUUUGGAUCCGUCCACACAACAACAAAGACAUUUGCGCCGAUCACGAUAAAGGCAAUAACCUACAACAGCGACGGGGAGUUGGAAACACGAAUCACAGCCGUGGACGACAAGUACUUUCCACCGUGUGCACCGUUCAACUUGAAAAUGGCAAUAAACGCUCGGGUUGCAAUGACCGUAAACAUGGCCCCAUUAUGUAACUCGCAGCUUGGACGAAUAACCAAAUUUUUCCACAACAAGACAACAUGUGAGGUUGACGGCAUUGAAGUUAUGUUCGAGGAGAUGGAGGCACCGAUUGUUGUACCACGAUAUACUACGAUAGGGUUUGGAUGGUGCUCUAAUUACAUUCGAGAACAAUUUCCGCUCACUCUAGCAUUUUGCUCUACUUCGUACAAAGUACAAGGAACUACACAAGCGUCGGUGCAUGUGGACGUCAACGAUCUUAUCAAACAUCCUGCCGCGUUAUAUGUCGCCUUAAGCCGCGUGAAGAAGGUUGAACAAGUUUUCCUGUCCAACAUGUUUCGCACAUUGGAUCCAUUACCAGACGCUUAUUUGGUGGCCCAUCAAAUCGCCUCUCGUCCAGCCUGUUACAAAAGUGGAACAAUAUGGGAUAAAAAACAGCUGGAACAGGGAAUUCCUCGGAUUCUGUCCAACGCAUUAUCUGGGUCGCCAGCACACGUACACGACGACGGCCCUGCUGCUUCAAAACCGAACGACGCACAAACAGUGAAAGAGCGAAAGAAACGACACUCGGAUCUAGUUGAUAUACCAUUUACCGAAUCCGGGAAAAAGCAAAGACUAACACCUCAGAGGAGCGAAGCGCGAGGCACAAGUGAUGUGAUAGGUAAGAGGAAAAAAAAACCUUAUACCUUAUUUUUAGGACAAGGAUUCUCACUGUCCAAUACCUCGGGGACCAUAUGCUGGCUUAACGCCAGCAUUAAUUUGCUAUACCAACUACCAGCAUUUGUUCACAUGCUCGAAAUGGAACAGCUAACUCCCGAAUUCACAAUUCUGCGCGACUCCCUGCUCGAAGAAAAUCUGACAGCUUUCCGAGAACAUGAAGCAAUAGUGGAGGGGUUCGACGACGAUUUGCAUAGCCAGAUUGAUGCAGUUGACUAUCUUACCCAUUUUCUUCAACGUCAUCGUGAUAUACAGUCAACAGUCAGCUGGAAUUACGAAAUAACCCCACACGCUGGGUGCAGGACCUGUGGCACAUCUCAAAUGAGAGGAUUCCGUCAAAACGUCGAUUUAAUACGAACUAUUCCACGGCCUACAGAACGGGCAGUCCAAGCCGCCGUACUUGAAUCCAUGCUUUUGUCUUGUGGAAGGUGUGGCCGAAAAUAUUCACAAACCAUAAAUGUGACGUAAGUUCUCCGCAUUACAUUAACAACGAAUAUUCGGCUUUUAGAAUUCCUCCCUCCUUACGACAUUUGUUUGUCGUCAUAAACAGCCCGAAUGUUGACGGAGGGAAUCUAGAAUUUUUGCAUGAGUUGGACGAUGACAGCAUACACAUAUUUGGGGUUCCGUUUGAAUUAUGCGCCAUUAUGAGUCGCAUUGGAGAAUCCGGAGAGUUUGGACAUUUUUUCACACGAGUCAAAAAUCGCGGAGCAACUUUUGUUGAAUUCAACGAUUCAUCGAUCAAUUAUGCGGUUCCAUCAGCUACUGCCGUCGAGAAUGCGUAUGUGGCAUUGUUCAGACGGUUGGACGCAGACCCCAAUCCCAUUGAAUGGAGAGAAAGCCGUGUACAAGCCAAUCGGGCUGAUCCCAUCAACAAGCCGCAACCUGCAUCAUCACGCGCAUUGCAGGGCGAAAACAUCGACAUCAAUCCGAAUGAAAUAUUACCUUUUUCCAACCCCAACAACUCUUACUGUUGGCUGAAUGCCGAUAUGAACGCGAUGUGGCAGAUGAGAGAGGUUAGAGAAUUCAUCUUAAACGAGCAGAUGGUCUACAACGGGUUGCCAACGUUGAGGAGGGCCAUAAAAGCACAAGAUUUGACGGAGUAUCGAAAAGCACACCGCGAAUUACGCAACCCCAGUAACGGCAAUGCAAUGUUAAGCACUCCACAAUGGGACCCGGUGGAUGAUCAAAGAGACUGCUUGGAUUAUAUAUGGGACUUUAUAUCACUCUUCCCCGCGCUGAUGAUUCCAUUGAUUCAGUUUGAAGUCCAUGCGACGAUCGAGCCCUGUAUCCAACAUCCGCAAUCAGGCCGAGCUACAAUGCAGCAGAAAUACGAAGUCUUUUCGGCCGGGAAUGUCCCAAAAACCGCUGCAUGUCUGUCUGCUGAAAAUGGCAAAAUUAACAUGUUGGCGCUGCUUACAAUGUACACGUAUAAGACAUGUUCCAAAUGUCGUAAUGUGAGGCCCGCCGUUAGGAAAGUUAUGUAAGUUUGAAAAACGAAAAUCUCUAAAUUGUUUAAUUUACGAUAGCAAAAGUAAUAUCGGGGGUUUUCAGGUUCCCAACAACUAUGCGGUACCUGUUCGUAGACAUAGAAUCAAGUCAAACUCUGUCGCUUCUGGAGGAGGCCGAUUAUUGGAACAUACAUAUCGAAGGAGAAUCAUUUGAAAUUUGUUGUGUUUUGGUACGCAUCGAAUGUGCCGGAGGGCAUCAUUAUUUUGCACGCGUCUUCGUAAAUGGCAGAAUUUAUGAAGUGGAUACGCUAACGGUCAGAAGAAUCGAAGGAGAAAAUCCCUUGAAAAACGCAAGAUUUUUUAUUUUGAGACGUCGUUUAUAAAUUCAUUGUUUGAUUUUGUCGUGCGUCUAAAUGUGCAUAUAAGAGGAAAUAAAAAAUUAUUUGGAACCUGCGUAUUUGAAAUUCCUCUAUGUAAAUUUCUGUAAUAUGCGUCUAUGUAAGAAAUGUUUCAUUAGGAUUUAAUUCGAAUGGUCUGGAAAACGCUUACCUGCUUUAGCUCGGCCCUAACUUCUCGCCGGCCUUCGGCCGCCGUCGCACGGCCCUCGCCGUCGCCCUCCGGGCGACCCCCCCCUCCCACAUCCCUCACCUUCUGCGCAUAAAAAAAUUUCUGUAAUAUGCGUCUAUGUAAGAAAUGUUCAGUAGGAUUUAAUUCGAGUCGUCUGGAAAACGCUUACCUGCUUUAGCUCGGCCCUAACUUCUCGCCGGCCGCCGUCGCACGGCCCUCGCCGUCGCCCUCCGGGCGACCCCCCCCUCCCACAUCCCUCACCUUCUGCGCAUAAAAAAAUUUCUGUAAUAUGCGUCUAUGUAAGAAAUGUUCAGUAGGAUUUAAUUCGAGUCGUCUGGAAAAACCUUACCUGCUUGAGCUCGGCCCUAACUUCUCGCCGGCCGCCGUCGCACGGCCUCGCCGUCGCCCUCCGGGCGACCCCCCCCCCUCCCACAUCCCUCACCUUCUGCGCAUAAAAAAAUUUCUGUAAUAUGCGUCUAUGUAAGAAAUGUUCAGUAGGAUUUAAUUCGAAUCGUCUGGAAAAACCUUACCUGCUUGAGCUCGGCCCUAACUUCUCGCCGGCCUUCGGCCGCCGUCGCACGGCCCUCGCCGUCGCCCUCCGGGCGACCCCCCCCUCCCUCAUCCCUCACCUUCUGCGCAUAAAAAAAUUUCUGUAAUGUGCGUCUAAAUAGACAGCCGCAAAAAAAUGCAAAUUUUGCCUGAUUUGCAUAAAAGACAAGGGGGUAAAAAUUUUUUCUAUUUUUCCCAUCAUGGCGGCACCGAACGCUUUCGAAUGAGCCCACUCACAAGCUUAACGGAGCGAAAAUAGAAAGCCGCAAAAAAUGCAAAUUUUGCCUAAUUUGCAUAAAAGGCAAGGGGGUAAAAAUUUUUUCUAUGUUUCCCAUCAUCGCGGCACCGAACGCUUUCGAAUGAGCCCACUCACAAGCUUAACGGAGCGAAAAUAGAAAGCCGCAAAAAAAUGCAAAUUUUGCCUAAUUUGCAUAAAAAUGAAGGGUGUAAAAAUUUUUUUCUAUUUUUCCCAUCAUCGCGGCACCGAACGCUUUCGAAUGAGCCCACUCACAAGCUUAACGGAGCGAAAAUAGAAAGCCGCAAAAAUGCAAAUUUUGCCUAAUUUGCAUAAAAGACAAGGGUGUAAAAAUUUUUUUCUAUUUUUUCCCAUCAUCGCGGCACCGAACGCUUUCGAAUGAGCCCACUCACAAGCUUAACGGAGCGAAAAUAGAAAGCCGCAAAAAAUGCAAAUUUUGCCUAAUUUGCAUAAAAAUGAAGGGUGUAAAAAUUUUUUUCUACUUUUCCCAUCAUCGCGGCACCGAACGCUUUCGAAUGAGCCCACUCACAAGCUUAACGGACCGAAAAUAGAAAGCCGCAAAAAAUGCAAAUUUGGCCUAAUUUGCAUAAAAGACAAGGGUGUAAAAAUUUUUUUCUAUUUUUUCCCAUCAUCGCGGCACCGAACGCUUUCGAAUGAGCCCACUCACAAGCUUAACGGAGCGAAAAUAGAAAGCCGCAAAAAUGCAAAUUUUGCCUAAUUUGCAUAAAAGACAAGGGUGUAAAAAUUUUUUUCUAUUUUUUCCCAUCAUCGCGGCACCGAGCGCUUUCGAAUGAGCCCACUCACAAGCUUAACGGAGCGAAAGUAGAAAGCCGCAAAAAUGCAAAUUUUGCCUAAUUUGCAUAAAAGACGAGGGGGUAAAAAAUUUUUUCUAUUUUUCCCAUCAUCGCGGCACCGAACGCUUUCGAAUGAGCCCACUCACAAGCUUAACGGAGCGAAAAUAGAAAGCCGCAAAAAUGCAAAUUUUGCCUAAUUUGCAUAAAAGACAAGGGUGUAAAAUUUUUUUCUAUUUUUCCCAUCAUCGCGGCACCGAACGCUUUCGAAUGAGCCCACUCACAAGCUUAACGGACCGAAAAUAGAAAGCCGCAAAAAAUGCAAAUUUGGCCUAAUUUGCAUAAAAGACAAGGGUGUAAAAAUUUUUUUCUAUUUUUCCCAUCAUCGCGGCACCGAGCGCUUUCGAAUGAGCCCACUCACAAGCUUAACGGAGCAAAAAAAUGUUUAAUCUUAAGAAAUCUAAAAAAAAAAUUUUAAACACCAAAAACACAUACUUCCCGGAGGGCUAGAGCGAAAAUUCAAAAAGAUCCGUGAAAUUCAGCCGACUGGCUACCCGGACCGGGAAAAUCUCAGAUUUGUCCUCAAUCUAAGUAUAUAAAACAACGGCACCAGUGCGGCAAAAGGGACUCAAGUUACACGUCGACAGCGAACCAAUACACAGAUCGUAAUUCGCGGCAAUAAGAACCCCUUCGACGACGACUACAAUACAAACAAUCCGUUUUCCCCUUACUACAACUUCAGGCGCGAAAGAAUGAACCAUCGUGUAAUGUUGUCUCCCGACCAGUCAAUGGGGUUCAAGUUUAAAACAAAGCCCAUUGUGCCAUUCACGUGGAUACCGACACCGAACAGCGCAGACCCCACCGCACAGGAGGACUACUUUCGCCGCCUUCUUAUCCUAUUCGGCCCUCCAUGGCGAAACGAGGAGACAUUGGCCUUCACCACGAACAAUUACAAGGCGACGUGGAACCAUUUUGCUGAUCAGGAGAGUACCUCAUCGGAUGAAAACAGGCGGAACGGAAUAGCCGACGUAAAGCGAUUACUGGGACAAUACUACCGCGUUUACAAGUCACGAGAUCCACUGUCAGAGAAGGAGAUUUGCUUAGCGAAUCAGGACAGCAGCUUACUCACGAGAACUACCCAACAAGCCGGAGGAACAAUCAUGUCAACAAUGAAAUCGACACCGGAAAGAGAGGUAGCACAGAAACUGAGCACAUUAAACGCGGCUCAGAGUGAGGUAUUUCACAUGGUAAGGCUGACACAAUUCCAGAACCUACGCAUGUUUAAAGGGGUUAUAAAUAUAGUCACUAUUUUUAGAUGCGGCACAAAUAUUUAAAUCCCGCAACCGAACCGCCCAUCUACGUUUGUGUAACUGGAGAACCAGGCGUUGGGAAGACUUUCUUGAUUCGACGCAUCCUUGAGUUCUUCAACAACAGCAUCCCCGAAUACGAUUCAACGGGAUUGCCCGUUGUCUUGGCGUUGUCGUUCACCGCGCAAGGCGCCAAAGAGAUGGGAGGGGUUACAAUCAACAGCGCCCUCAAUUUGCAAUUUGACUACGGAACAAAAGUGGCAGAGUAUAACCCACUUCAAGCGGUUGUUCAAUGCCGUUUAAAAAACGUGUUUGAGAAAUUGCAGUUCGUGCUGAUAGAUGAAAUAAGCGUGGUGAACGCGGAGUUGCUAAUGGCGAUCAAUCUGAGGCUUAUUGAAAUCACCGGAAACUCCGAUCCGUUUGGGGGAAUGAACAUUGUCGCAUUUGGCGACUUUUGCCAGAAUCCUAUCUUCGCAGGAACGCCCGUUUAUAAAACAAUUCCUCCGAAUGAGCAACGCAGAAUCUUCAAAAAUGUGGUCGAACUUCCUGCGCUGUGGUAAGGCAGAAUUAAAUAUUUUCAUAUUUUUAGUUGCUACUAAGCGAGUUACUAUAAAAACUUGGUUUCAGGGAUUUAUUCACCUUUUAUCCACUCACAAUCAAUGUCCGCCAGUCAGAGGACAAAGUUUUUGCCAAUUUACUUCAUAUUCUCAGAACGAGCGGGACAAUCCCCGUUGGCGAACUGGCCAUCUUGAAAAAAAGGGUAAUCCCGUCAAACGUGGGGCUAACACGAGACUUUGCUGAGCGGUGGAAUCCAUACGACCACUGCCGCAACGGGGUACUGGUGGCUCAAUCCAACGACACAGUACGACGACAUAACGCAGAAAUCCUCAACAGAGUCUAUGCGCUGUCUUUGAAAGGAAAAUUUGGAUCCGUCCACACAACAACAAAGACAUUUGCGCCGAUCACGAUAAAGGCAAUAACCUACAACAGCGACGGGGAGUUGGAAACACGAAUCACAGCCGUGGACGACAAGUACUUUCCACCGUGUGCACCGUUCAACUUGAAAAUGGCAAUAAACGCUCGGGUUGCAAUGACCGUAAACAUGGCCCCAUUAUGUAACUCGCAGCUUGGACGAAUAACCAAAUUUUUCCACAACAAGACAACAUGUGAGGUUGACGGCAUUGAAGUUAUGUUCGAGGAGAUGGAGGCACCGAUUGUUGUACCACGAUAUACUACGAUAGGGUUUGGAUGGUGCUCUAAUUACAUUCGAGAACAAUUUCCGCUCACUCUAGCAUUUUGCUCUACUUCGUACAAAGUACAAGGAACUACACAAGCGUCGGUGCAUGUGGACGUCAACGAUCUUAUCAAACAUCCUGCCGCGUUAUAUGUCGCCUUAAGCCGCGUGAAGAAGGUUGAACAAGUUUUCCUGUCCAACAUGUUUCGCACAUUGGAUCCAUUACCAGACGCUUAUUUGGUGGCCCAUCAAAUCGCCUCUCGUCCAGCCUGUUACAAAAGUGGAACAAUAUGGGAUAAAAAACAGCUGGAACAGGGAAUUCCUCGGAUUCUGUCCAACGCAUUAUCUGGGUCGCCAGCACACGUACACGACGACGGCCCUGCUGCUUCAAAACCGAACGACGCACAAACAGUGAAAGAGCGAAAGAAACGACACUCGGAUCUAGUUGAUAUACCAUUUACCGAAUCCGGGAAAAAGCAAAGACUAACACCUCAGAGGAGCGAAGCGCGAGGCACAAGUGAUGUGAUAGGUAAGAGGAAAAAAAAACCUUAUACCUUAUUUUUAGGACAAGGAUUCUCACUGUCCAAUACCUCGGGGACCAUAUGCUGGCUUAACGCCAGCAUUAAUUUGCUAUACCAACUACCAGCAUUUGUUCACAUGCUCGAAAUGGAACAGCUAACUCCCGAAUUCACAAUUCUGCGCGACUCCCUGCUCGAAGAAAAUCUGACAGCUUUCCGAGAACAUGAAGCAAUAGUGGAGGGGUUCGACGACGAUUUGCAUAGCCAGAUUGAUGCAGUUGACUAUCUUACCCAUUUUCUUCAACGUCAUCGUGAUAUACAGUCAACAGUCAGCUGGAAUUACGAAAUAACCCCACACGCUGGGUGCAGGACCUGUGGCACAUCUCAAAUGAGAGGAUUCCGUCAAAACGUCGAUUUAAUACGAACUAUUCCACGGCCUACAGAACGGGCAGUCCAAGCCGCCGUACUUGAAUCCAUGCUUUUGUCUUGUGGAAGGUGUGGCCGAAAAUAUUCACAAACCAUAAAUGUGACGUAAGUUCUCCGCAUUACAUUAACAACGAAUAUUCGGCUUUUAGAAUUCCUCCCUCCUUACGACAUUUGUUUGUCGUCAUAAACAGCCCGAAUGUUGACGGAGGGAAUCUAGAAUUUUUGCAUGAGUUGGACGAUGACAGCAUGCACAUAUUUGGGGUUCCGUUUGAAUUAUGCGCCAUUAUGAGUCGCAUUGGAGAAUCCGGAGAGUUUGGACAUUUUUUCACACGAGUCAAAAAUCGCGGAGCAACUUUUGUUGAAUUCAACGAUUCAUCGAUCAAUUAUGCGGUUCCAUCAGCUACUGCCGUCGAGAAUGCGUAUGUGGCAUUGUUCAGACGGUUGGACGCAGACCCCAAUCCCAUUGAAUGGAGAGAAAGCCGUGUACAAGCCAAUCGGGCUGAUCCCAUCAACAAGCCGCAACCUGCAUCAUCACGCGCAUUGCAGGGCGAAAACAUCGACAUCAAUCCGAAUGAAAUAUUACCUUUUUCCAACCCCAACAACUCUUACUGUUGGCUGAAUGCCGAUAUGAACGCGAUGUGGCAGAUGAGAGAGGUUAGAGAAUUCAUCUUAAACGAGCAGAUGGUCUACAACGGGUUGCCAACGUUGAGGAGGGCCAUAAAAGCACAAGAUUUGACGGAGUAUCGAAAAGCACACCGCGAAUUACGCAACCCCAGUAACGGCAAUGCAAUGUUAAGCACUCCACAAUGGGACCCGGUGGAUGAUCAAAGAGACUGCUUGGAUUAUAUAUGGGACUUUAUAUCACUCUUCCCCGCGCUGAUGAUUCCAUUGAUUCAGUUUGAAGUCCAUGCGACGAUCGAGCCCUGUAUCCAACAUCCGCAAUCAGGCCGAGCUACAAUGCAGCAGAAAUACGAAGUCUUUUCGGCCGGGAAUGUCCCAAAAACCGCUGCAUGUCUGUCUGCUGAAAAUGGCAAAAUUAACAUGUUGGCGCUGCUUACAAUGUACACGUAUAAGACAUGUUCCAAAUGUCGUAAUGUGAGGCCCGCCGUUAGGAAAGUUAUGUAAGUUUGAAAAACGAAAAUCUCUAAAUUGUUUAAUUUACGAUAGCAAAAGUAAUAUCGGGGGUUUUCAGGUUCCCAACAACUAUGCGGUACCUGUUCGUAGACAUAGAAUCAAGUCAAACUCUGUCGCUUCUGGAGGAGGCCGAUUAUUGGAACAUACAUAUCGAAGGAGAAUCAUUUGAAAUUUGUUGUGUUUUGGUACGCAUCGAAUGUGCCGGAGGGCAUCAUUAUUUUGCACGCGUCUUCGUAAAUGGCAGAAUUUAUGAAGUGGAUACGCUAACGGUCAGAAGAAUCGAAGGAGAAAAUCCCUUGAAAAACGCAAGAUUUUUUAUUUUGAGACGUCGUUUAUAAAUUCAUUGUUUGAUUUUGUCGUGCGUCUAAAUGUGCAUAUAAGAGGAAAUAAAAAAUUAUUUGGAACCUGCGUAUUUGAAAUUCCUCUAUGUAAAUUUCUGUAAUAUGCGUCUAUGUAAGAAAUGUUUCAUUAGGAUUUAAUUCGAAUGGUCUGGAAAACGCUUACCUGCUUUAGCUCGGCCCUAACUUCUCGCCGGCCUUCGGCCGCCGUCGCACGGCCCUCGCCGUCGCCCUCCGGGCGACCCCCCCUCCCACAUCCCUCACCUUCUGCGCAUAAAAAAAUUUCUGUAAUAUGCGUCUAUGUAAGAAAUGUUCAGUAGGAUUUAAUUCGAGUCGUCUGGAAAACGCUUACCUGCUUUAGCUCGGCCCUAACUUCUCGCCGGCCGCCGUCGCACGGCCCUCGCCGUCGCCCUCCGGGCGACCCCCCCCUCCCACAUCCCUCACCUUCUGCGCAUAAAAAAAUUUCUGUAAUAUGCGUCUAUGUAAGAAAUGUUCAGUAGGAUUUAAUUCGAGUCGUCUGGAAAAACCUUACCUGCUUGAGCUCGGCCCUAACUUCUCGCCGGCCGCCGUCGCACGGCCCUCGCCGUCGCCCUCCGGGCGACCCCCCCCCUCCCACAUCCCUCACCUUCUGCGCAUAAAAAAAUUUCUGUAAUAUGCGUCUAUGUAAGAAAUGUUCAGUAGGAUUUAAUUCGAAUCGUCUGGAAAAACCUUACCUGCUUGAGCUCGGCCCUAACUUCUCGCCGGCCUUCGGCCGCCGUCGCACGGCCCUCGCCGUCGCCCUCCGGGCGACCCCCCCCCCCCCUCAUCCCUCACCUUCUGCGCAUAAAAAAAUUUCUGUAAUGUGCGUCUAAAUAGACAGCCGCAAAAAAAUGCAAAUUUUGCCUGAUUUGCAUAAAAGACAAGGGGGUAAAAAUUUUUUCUAUUUUUCCCAUCAUGGCGGCACCGAACGCUUUCGAAUGAGCCCACUCACAAGCUUAACGGAGCGAAAAUAGAAAGCCGCAAAAAAUGCAAAUUUUGCCUAAUUUGCAUAAAAGGCAAGGGGGUAAAAAUUUUUUCUAUGUUUCCCAUCAUCGCGGCACCGAACGCUUUCGAAUGAGCCCACUCACAAGCUUAACGGAGCGAAAAUAGAAAGCCGCAAAAAAUGCAAAUUUUGCCUAAUUUGCAUAAAAAUGAAGGGUGUAAAAAUUUUUUUCUAUUUUUCCCAUCAUCGCGGCACCGAACGCUUUCGAAUGAGCCCACUCACAAGCUUAACGGAGCGAAAAUAGAAAGCCGCAAAAAUGCAAAUUUUGCCUAAUUUGCAUAAAAGACAAGGGUGUAAAAAUUUUUUUCUAUUUUUUCCCAUCAUCGCGGCACCGAACGCUUUCGAAUGAGCCCACUCACAAGCUUAACGGAGCGAAAAUAGAAAGCCGCAAAAAAUGCAAAUUUUGCCUAAUUUGCAUAAAAAUGAAGGGUGUAAAAAUUUUUUUCUACUUUUCCCAUCAUCGCGGCACCGAACGCUUUCGAAUGAGCCCACUCACAAGCUUAACGGACCGAAAAUAGAAAGCCGCAAAAAAUGCAAAUUUGGCCUAAUUUGCAUAAAAGACAAGGGUGUAAAAAUUUUUUUCUAUUUUUUCCCAUCAUCGCGGCACCGAACGCUUUCGAAUGAGCCCACUCACAAGCUUAACGGAGCGAAAAUAGAAAGCCGCAAAAAUGCAAAUUUUGCCUAAUUUGCAUAAAAGACAAGGGUGUAAAAAUUUUUUUCUAUUUUUUCCCAUCAUCGCGGCACCGAGCGCUUUCGAAUGAGCCCACUCACAAGCUUAACGGAGCGAAAGUAGAAAGCCGCAAAAAUGCAAAUUUUGCCUAAUUUGCAUAAAAGACGAGGGGGUAAAAAAUUUUUUCUAUUUUUCCCAUCAUCGCGGCACCGAACGCUUUCGAAUGAGCCCACUCACAAGCUUAACGGAGCGAAAAUAGAAAGCCGCAAAAAUGCAAAUUUUGCCUAAUUUGCAUAAAAGACAAGGGUGUAAAAUUUUUUUUCUAUUUUUCCCAUCAUCGCGGCACCGAACGCUUUCGAAUGAGCCCACUCACAAGCUUAACGGACCGAAAAUAGAAAGCCGCAAAAAAUGCAAAUUUGGCCUAAUUUGCAUAAAAGACAAGGGUGUAAAAAUUUUUUUCUAUUUUUCCCAUCAUCGCGGCACCGAGCGCUUUCGAAUGAGCCCACUCACAAGCUUAACGGAGCAAAAAAAUGUUUAAUCUUAAGAAAUCUAAAAAAAAAAUUUUAAACACCAAAAACACAUACUUCCCGGAGGGCUAGAGCGAAAAUUCAAAAAGAUCCGUGAAAUUCAGCCGACUGGCUACCCGGACCGGGAAAAUCUCAGAUUUGUCCUCAAUCUAAGUAUAUAAAACAACGGCACCAGUGCGGCAAAAGGGACUCAAGUUACACGUCGACAGCGAACCAAUACACAGAUCGUAAUUCGCGGCAAUAAGAACCCCUUCGACGACGACUACAAUACAAACAAUCCGUUUUCCCCUUACUACAACUUCAGGCGCGAAAGAAUGAACCAUCGUGUAAUGUUGUCUCCCGACCAGUCAAUGGGGUUCAAGUUUAAAACAAAGCCCAUUGUGCCAUUCACGUGGAUACCGACACCGAACAGCGCAGACCCCACCGCACAGGAGGACUACUUUCGCCGCCUUCUUAUCCUAUUCGGCCCUCCAUGGCGAAACGAGGAGACAUUGGCCUUCACCACGAACAAUUACAAGGCGACGUGGAACCAUUUUGCUGAUCAGGAGAGUACCUCAUCGGAUGAAAACAGGCGGAACGGAAUAGCCGACGUAAAGCGAUUACUGGGACAAUACUACCGCGUUUACAAGUCACGAGAUCCACUGUCAGAGAAGGAGAUUUGCUUAGCGAAUCAGGACAGCAGCUUACUCACGAGAACUACCCAACAAGCCGGAGGAACAAUCAUGUCAACAAUGAAAUCGACACCGGAAAGAGAGGUAGCACAGAAACUGAGCACAUUAAACGCGGCUCAGAGUGAGGUAUUUCACAUGGUAAGGCUGACACAAUUCCAGAACCUACGCAUGUUUAAAGGGGUUAUAAAUAUAGUCACUAUUUUUAGAUGCGGCACAAAUAUUUAAAUCCCGCAACCGAACCGCCCAUCUACGUUUGUGUAACUGGAGAACCAGGCGUUGGGAAGACUUUCUUGAUUCGACGCAUCCUUGAGUUCUUCAACAACAGCAUCCCCGAAUACGAUUCAACGGGAUUGCCCGUUGUCUUGGCGUUGUCGUUCACCGCGCAAGGCGCCAAAGAGAUGGGAGGGGUUACAAUCAACAGCGCCCUCAAUUUGCAAUUUGACUACGGAACAAAAGUGGCAGAGUAUAACCCACUUCAAGCGGUUGUUCAAUGCCGUUUAAAAAACGUGUUUGAGAAAUUGCAGUUCGUGCUGAUAGAUGAAAUAAGCGUGGUGAACGCGGAGUUGCUAAUGGCGAUCAAUCUGAGGCUUAUUGAAAUCACCGGAAACUCCGAUCCGUUUGGGGGAAUGAACAUUGUCGCAUUUGGCGACUUUUGCCAGAAUCCUAUCUUCGCAGGAACGCCCGUUUAUAAAACAAUUCCUCCGAAUGAGCAACGCAGAAUCUUCAAAAAUGUGGUCGAACUUCCUGCGCUGUGGUAAGGCAGAAUUAAAUAUUUUCAUAUUUUUAGUUGCUACUAAGCGAGUUACUAUAAAAACUUGGUUUCAGGGAUUUAUUCACCUUUUAUCCACUCACAAUCAAUGUCCGCCAGUCAGAGGACAAAGUUUUUGCCAAUUUACUUCAUAUUCUCAGAACGAGCGGGACAAUCCCCGUUGGCGAACUGGCCAUCUUGAAAAAAAGGGUAAUCCCGUCAAACGUGGGGCUAACACGAGACUUUGCUGAGCGGUGGAAUCCAUACGACCACUGCCGCAACGGGGUACUGGUGGCUCAAUCCAACGACACAGUACGACGACAUAACGCAGAAAUCCUCAACAGAGUCUAUGCGCUGUCUUUGAAAGGAAAAUUUGGAUCCGUCCACACAACAACAAAGACAUUUGCGCCGAUCACGAUAAAGGCAAUAACCUACAACAGCGACGGGGAGUUGGAAACACGAAUCACAGCCGUGGACGACAAGUACUUUCCACCGUGUGCACCGUUCAACUUGAAAAUGGCAAUAAACGCUCGGGUUGCAAUGACCGUAAACAUGGCCCCAUUAUGUAACUCGCAGCUUGGACGAAUAACCAAAUUUUUCCACAACAAGACAACAUGUGAGGUUGACGGCAUUGAAGUUAUGUUCGAGGAGAUGGAGGCACCGAUUGUUGUACCACGAUAUACUACGAUAGGGUUUGGAUGGUGCUCUAAUUACAUUCGAGAACAAUUUCCGCUCACUCUAGCAUUUUGCUCUACUUCGUACAAAGUACAAGGAACUACACAAGCGUCGGUGCAUGUGGACGUCAACGAUCUUAUCAAACAUCCUGCCGCGUUAUAUGUCGCCUUAAGCCGCGUGAAGAAGGUUGAACAAGUUUUCCUGUCCAACAUGUUUCGCACAUUGGAUCCAUUACCAGACGCUUAUUUGGUGGCCCAUCAAAUCGCCUCUCGUCCAGCCUGUUACAAAAGUGGAACAAUAUGGGAUAAAAAACAGCUGGAACAGGGAAUUCCUCGGAUUCUGUCCAACGCAUUAUCUGGGUCGCCAGCACACGUACACGACGACGGCCCUGCUGCUUCAAAACCGAACGACGCACAAACAGUGAAAGAGCGAAAGAAACGACACUCGGAUCUAGUUGAUAUACCAUUUACCGAAUCCGGGAAAAAGCAAAGACUAACACCUCAGAGGAGCGAAGCGCGAGGCACAAGUGAUGUGAUAGGUAAGAGGAAAAAAAAAACCUUAUACCUUAUUUUUAGGACAAGGAUUCUCACUGUCCAAUACCUCGGGGACCAUAUGCUGGCUUAACGCCAGCAUUAAUUUGCUAUACCAACUACCAGCAUUUGUUCACAUGCUCGAAAUGGAACAGCUAACUCCCGAAUUCACAAUUCUGCGCGACUCCCUGCUCGAAGAAAAUCUGACAGCUUUCCGAGAACAUGAAGCAAUAGUGGAGGGGUUCGACGACGAUUUGCAUAGCCAGAUUGAUGCAGUUGACUAUCUUACCCAUUUUCUUCAACGUCAUCGUGAUAUACAGUCAACAGUCAGCUGGAAUUACGAAAUAACCCCACACGCUGGGUGCAGGACCUGUGGCACAUCUCAAAUGAGAGGAUUCCGUCAAAACGUCGAUUUAAUACGAACUAUUCCACGGCCUACAGAACGGGCAGUCCAAGCCGCCGUACUUGAAUCCAUGCUUUUGUCUUGUGGAAGGUGUGGCCGAAAAUAUUCACAAACCAUAAAUGUGACGUAAGUUCUCCGCAUUACAUUAACAACGAAUAUUCGGCUUUUAGAAUUCCUCCCUCCUUACGACAUUUGUUUGUCGUCAUAAACAGCCCGAAUGUUGACGGAGGGAAUCUAGAAUUUUUGCAUGAGUUGGACGAUGACAGCAUACACAUAUUUGGGGUUCCGUUUGAAUUAUGCGCCAUUAUGAGUCGCAUUGGAGAAUCCGGAGAGUUUGGACAUUUUUUCACACGAGUCAAAAAUCGCGGAGCAACUUUUGUUGAAUUCAACGAUUCAUCGAUCAAUUAUGCGGUUCCAUCAGCUACUGCCGUCGAGAAUGCGUAUGUGGCAUUGUUCAGACGGUUGGACGCAGACCCCAAUCCCAUUGAAUGGAGAGAAAGCCGUGUACAAGCCAAUCGGGCUGAUCCCAUCAACAAGCCGCAACCUGCAUCAUCACGCGCAUUGCAGGGCGAAAACAUCGACAUCAAUCCGAAUGAAAUAUUACCUUUUUCCAACCCCAACAACUCUUACUGUUGGCUGAAUGCCGAUAUGAACGCGAUGUGGCAGAUGAGAGAGGUUAGAGAAUUCAUCUUAAACGAGCAGAUGGUCUACAACGGGUUGCCAACGUUGAGGAGGGCCAUAAAAGCACAAGAUUUGACGGAGUAUCGAAAAGCACACCGCGAAUUACGCAACCCCAGUAACGGCAAUGCAAUGUUAAGCACUCCACAAUGGGACCCGGUGGAUGAUCAAAGAGACUGCUUGGAUUAUAUAUGGGACUUUAUAUCACUCUUCCCCGCGCUGAUGAUUCCAUUGAUUCAGUUUGAAGUCCAUGCGACGAUCGAGCCCUGUAUCCAACAUCCGCAAUCAGGCCGAGCUACAAUGCAGCAGAAAUACGAAGUCUUUUCGGCCGGGAAUGUCCCAAAAACCGCUGCAUGUCUGUCUGCUGAAAAUGGCAAAAUUAACAUGUUGGCGCUGCUUACAAUGUACACGUAUAAGACAUGUUCCAAAUGUCGUAAUGUGAGGCCCGCCGUUAGGAAAGUUAUGUAAGUUUGAAAAACGAAAAUCUCUAAAUUGUUUAAUUUACGAUAGCAAAAGUAAUAUCGGGGGUUUUCAGGUUCCCAACAACUAUGCGGUACCUGUUCGUAGACAUAGAAUCAAGUCAAACUCUGUCGCUUCUGGAGGAGGCCGAUUAUUGGAACAUACAUAUCGAAGGAGAAUCAUUUGAAAUUUGUUGUGUUUUGGUACGCAUCGAAUGUGCCGGAGGGCAUCAUUAUUUUGCACGCGUCUUCGUAAAUGGCAGAAUUUAUGAAGUGGAUACGCUAACGGUCAGAAGAAUCGAAGGAGAAAAUCCCUUGAAAAACGCAAGAUUUUUUAUUUUGAGACGUCGUUUAUAAAUUCAUUGUUUGAUUUUGUCGUGCGUCUAAAUGUGCAUAUAAGAGGAAAUAAAAAAUUAUUUGGAACCUGCGUAUUUGAAAUUCCUCUAUGUAAAUUUCUGUAAUAUGCGUCUAUGUAAGAAAUGUUUCAUUAGGAUUUAAUUCGAAUGGUCUGGAAAACGCUUACCUGCUUUAGCUCGGCCCUAACUUCUCGCCGGCCUUCGGCCGCCGUCGCACGGCCCUCGCCGUCGCCCUCCGGGCGACCCCCCCCUCCCACAUCCCUCACCUUCUGCGCAUAAAAAAAUUUCUGUAAUAUGCGUCUAUGUAAGAAAUGUUCAGUAGGAUUUAAUUCGAAUCGUCUGGAAAAACCUUACCUGCUUUAGCUCGGCCCCAACUUCUCCCCGGCCUUCGGCCGCCGUCGCCCGGCCCCCGCCGUCGCCCCCCGGGCGCCCCCCCCCCCUCCCUCAUCCCUCACCUUCUGCGCAUAA